GCGCAUCAAUGACAACUGAAUUACUUUUAUUACUCCCCAUAGUCCAUAGCUCGUUCAUUCUGAAACUAGGGUUUUGUGCAGACCUCAGCCGCAUCUCCACCGCGAGCCUCAGUCUCCGUUCUUAGCUUUUCCGAUCUCAGCAGCCAUGGGGAAGACACGUGGUAUGGGAGCUGGUCGCAAGCUGAAGUCCCACCGGAUAAGGCAAAGGUGGGCUGACAAGGCUUACAAGAAAUCUCACCUCGGCAACGAGUGGAAGAAACCAUUUGCUGGCUCGUCUCACGCCAAAGGCAUCGUGCUCGAGAAAAUAGGCAUUGAAGCUAAGCAGCCAAACUCUGCCAUUCGUAAGUGUGCCAGGGUUCAGCUGAUUAAGAAUGGAAAGAAGAUUGCUGCUUUCGUCCCUAAUGAUGGUUGCUUGAAUUACAUUGAAGAAAACGAUGAGGUGUUGAUUGCUGGAUUUGGACGGAAGGGACAUGCAGUGGGAGAUAUUCCCGGUGUUCGGUUUAAGGUGGUGAAGGUUUCGGGUGUUUCACUUCUGGCUCUUUUCAAGGAGAAAAAAGAAAAGCCUAGGUCUUAAGUCACCUGUCUCGAUUUUCCUUUUUCAAGUGGUUGCUCGAAGUUUUGGAUGAAACCUUUGAUAUCUUAAGUUUCAUUAAACGAACAUACUUUUCCUCUUCAAAAUCUCAAACACGAUUCUCUUAUAUGGCUGUGCUAUUGAUGAAUUAAUGUAGUAUUUAUGUGCUUGGAAUUUUCAGGGUUUUGUUAUCUACAACUAAUGGAGCACUUGAAUUUCAUUUCAAUAUCCAGUUUCAGUUUUCAAACUAAUUGCUUCUGAAUUUUUGG